ACCGCGACUAUGUACGCCGUGCUCGCCGCUCCGCCGCGUUGUUUUUGCAUCCCUCGCUUCCGCGCUCGCGCGCGCCUCAUCGCACACGUACGUAUACACACGCACACGCGUAGGCACGCACGCGCGCGCGCGCACGGAGGUACGAAUUGGCGCACCGAUACGCCCGAUAUACGAGCGAGAGAGUGUCGCGCGCGUAUUAACGCACAUACGCGCACGCCGAUCGUGUGCGCGUACACGCGUGGUAACUAGACGCACGGGGUGCGCACGUGUUGCGCCGUGCACUUAUUCGCCCCACGUGUUGCGAGCUGUCACCGCCGAUUGUCGUUCAUCGUUGCACGCCGCGGCGCCGUACGGUUUACGCGUUCACGUCCGGGAGGAUCUUCGACGGAGGACGAAAAAGAAAAUAAACGGUGUAGGAGAGACGUCCGCGAGGACGGACGGGGCUGAAGAUAUUCCUCCGAACGUGCCGACGAAGCGACGUCGCUCACGUCGCCGUCGCGACGUCACAUCUGGCUGAUCGCCGUUGAGACGAGGGAAGCGCGCGAGAAGGAGAGAGAAAAAGAGACAGCAGCUGAAGUUGGGUGAGGUAGGGGACCCACCGUGUGGCGUUCGCGCACGCGUGCUCGCGCAGUCGAUCAGUCAACCGGUGGCGAACGUCGCCUGGUUCUUGGAACCUUCUCUCGCUCGCGCGCGCGGGGGCCGCGAUCGAGUUAUAUCCGAGUGCCGAAUCGUGUUUGCUGUGCGCUCGCGCGCGCGCGCACGCACGCCGAGUGUCCUUCGCCGCCGAGUUUGUUUACGACCGCGGGUACCCGCCGUCCGCGUUGGAAGUGCCGCCGAGCCGUGCCCCGCGCGCGCCCGACAAUCGUGACAAUCGUCGCACCCACCGGCGCGCGGCCGUUUACGAUCCGGCGAGUGAAAACUGGAGCGAGUGUCUUAACGGACGUUAUUACGUAGGUAAUACGUAUACGUAUACGCGGCGCGCGUAUGUGCGCGCGAGCUGUGACGCGCGACAGACUUCUCGCGGAACGAGGGAACAGAGAGAAGUUCGCCGGUGACAGCCGCGGGGAAAAUAAUUCGCCGGAGUGUUAACCGUUGAAUUAUUGAAGAAGGAGAAGAGGCGGCGGAUACCGAGGACUUGCGAAAGAAGAUAUAUACGUCGAUACAUCCAGACGAGGAGACGACUAUAAGAAACCGUCGCUGCAACAAGAAGAGACCGAUAAGGAAAGAAGGCGGGCACGAUAGCAGGAGGAAGGAGCAAGAGGAAAGAUAAGAUACCGAGCCCGAGGGAAGAAGAGUGACUAUCCUGUUCUCUCGGGUAUUCCUCGAGAGACUUUCCGCGUGUUUUUCCGUUCGGGACGGGGAGAGAUUGAUUUUUCCGCCGAGUCGUUCGUGAGUCGAUCAUACGCGUUCUGUCCUCCCAUCCUCGUCGUCGGCGUCGUGGCGCCUGUUGCUGUCACACACUGCUCGCCGUAACGAUGCGUCGCCGGAACGAUGCGUCGCGCGUGUAACAAUCGCCCAAGGUAAACCGUCGUCCCGGCUACCGGUAAUAGAUCAUCGGUGGUGAAUGGGAGAGCUAAACGCAGUGGGAUCAGAUCGCACGUACAAUUAAUGCAAAGUGAUGCAGUGCCGUAGUAUUAGUGACCAGUGCCACGUGCCCGUUGUUUGGAUUACUUGAAGAUGUCUUUGUCCGGUGGCGGAUAUUAUGACGACAGGAAUCCUCUGCUCAAGGGCACCUUAUCGAGCGUGGAACGGGACCGGCUUCGGGAGCGAGAGCGACUUGCUCGCGCGGCGAUGUCGGUCCAGGCAGAGCAGGCGGCUGCGGGAAGCGGUCCUGAUGCAAGACACCAUCACCACCAUCAUAGCCACGCGCGCCAUCAUCACUCCAGCAUACUUCCUCCUCCGAACCUCUUUCCUGGCCCCGUCAGGGUGAAUCCUGACCCAGAGAUCCAGUCUAAGCUGGGCAAUUAUGCGCUCGUACGGCAGGCUCUGAUCGAGAAGCCCAAGCGGUUGAUCGGCAUCGAUUGCGUCCCGCCGAGUCCGUCGCCGAUGCCCACCGCCCCGGUGCUCACCAGCCCGGCGAUGCUCACCGGCCCGGCGAUGCUCACCGCCCCGGCGUUCACCGUCUCGGUGCCCAUCGCCCCGACGCUCUCCGCCCCGCUGCCCUCGACGUCCUCCGGGUCCUCGGGGUCGGAGUUCAAGAAGCCCGGUGGGCCCCGGAGCACGAGCGCCGCGUCUUCCUCCUCGAGCACGAGCAACCAGCAGCGGGGCGGCUUUGUCAAGCCUACCGACAGCAAGCCGUCCUACAACGGUCGGGGCAGUUAUGCCGGUCAGCCGGUCAAGCACGAUUAUCCACGCACCCACGGAUUGCUUUCGGUCAAGCUGCCAUCUCAGCUGCCCCCCGCCAUCACCGUGGGAAGUAACGGCGUGCCGAUCGUCAGUUCCGGCGGAAGUGCCGGCAUCUCUGGUAGCCUCGCCAGCCGCACUCAAUUCGCCGAGCGACUGAAGCUCAUCGAGGUUAACGUGACGGCCCUCUCGAUAAGCGCGCCAGCCUGCGGCGGUGACGUCGCAGCGAAUGCCAGACUCACAAAGUCUCCAACUACUUUAAUAGCACGUCUCGCCAAGAGUUGCGAUUAUUUGUCACGUAAGAAGAUUAAGAGCGAAGUUUCCGCGGCGGCGGCGGCCGACGCUAUUGUCGCGCGUGCUUACUAA